AUGCAUCAAGUAAGGCUAGAGUCUACUCGCUACCGGCUGAACCGGUCAUAAAGAUAAUUUUUUAUUUUUAAGAAAUCCACACAAUAUUACGGCAAGAACAAUGUUAUUGUGAGCUUCACAUAUGUACAUGUCUUGAUUGUGUGUAUGUUGUGAAGAGAUUGCUUGGCAAUUUUGAUAUGCUCUAAUGAUGAACCCAUUUUGAGCAGUUCUUGAAAUUGGUGUUUGAUUAUCAAGAUCUUUAUCAUCAUCAUCAGUGGUUUUAAUGGAAGCAAGAGGUGGAUUAGUGGCUGGAUCACACAAUAGAAAUCAGUUGGUUCGAAUUCGCCAUGAUUCUGAUUCUGGGCCCAAGCCCCUAAAGGAUUUGAAUGGCAAGCUCUGUCAGAUCUGCGGCGAUGAUGUCGGGCUUUCAGCUGCAGGUGAUCCGUUUGUUGCCUGUAAUGAGUGUGCCUUUCCAGUUUGCAGGCCUUGCUAUGAGUAUGAGAGGCGAGAAGGAAAUCAGUCUUGCCCUCAGUGCAAGACUAGGUAUAAGAGACUGAAAGGUUGUCCAAGAGUUGAUGGUGACGAAGACGAGGAUGAUGUUGAUGACUUGGAUAAUGAGUUUAAUUAUACAGAAGGAAAUACCCAAGCGAGGGGAAAAUGGCAAGGAGAUGAUAUUGACCUUUCUUCAUCAUCUAGGCAUGAAUCUCAUCCACCCAUUCCCCUUCUAACCAACGGACAAUCAGUAUCUGGUGAUAUUCGUAGUGCUACACCUGACACCCAAUCUAUACGGAGUACAUCUGGUCCUCUGGGACCCAGUGACAAACAUGUCCAUUCACUUCCAUACAUUGAUCCAAGGCUUCCCGUUCCUGUUAGAAUUGUGGACCCCUCCAAGGACUUGAAUUCAUAUGGUCUCGGUAAUGUUGACUGGAAGGAGAGAGUAGAAGGUUGGAAAUUGAAACAUGAGAAAAAUAUAACUCAGGUGACAAACAGAUACACUGAAGGCAAAGGAGGGGAUAUCGAAGGCACAGGAUCAAAUGGAGAAGAGUUGCAAAUGGUUGAUGAUGCUCGCCAACCCAUGAGCCGUAUAGUGCCCAUCUCUUCUUCACACCUCACUCCUUACCGUGUUGUAAUCAUACUGCGGUUAAUUAUUUUGGGUUUCUUCUUGCAAUAUCGUGUUACUCAUCCCGUGAGUGAUGCAUAUCCCUUGUGGCUUGUGUCUGUUAUUUGUGAGAUUUGGUUUGCGGUAUCCUGGCUCCUGGAUCAGUUUCCAAAAUGGUAUCCCAUUAAUCGUGAGACGUACCUUGACAGACUUGCAAUAAGAUAUGACAGGGAUGGAGAGCCUUCCCAGCUGGCGCCUAUAGAUGUAUUUGUCAGUACAGUGGAUCCCCUGAAAGAGCCUCCUCUAGUUACUGCUAACACAGUGUUGUCCAUUCUUUCCGUUGAUUACCCAGUAGACAAAGUCUCAUGUUAUGUGUCUGAUGAUGGUUCAGCAAUGUUAACCUUCGAAUCUUUAUCUGAGACAGCUGAAUUUGCAAGAAAGUGGGUGCCAUUCUGCAAGAAGCACCUAAUUGAGCCCAGAGCUCCCGAAUUCUAUUUUGCUCAGAAGAUAGACUACUUGAAGGACAAAAUACAACCUUCAUUUGUGAAAGAGCGCAGGGCGAUGAAGAGAGAAUAUGAAGAGUUCAAAGUGCGAAUCAAUGCACUUGUUGCUAAAGCACAAAAAAUGCCUGAAGAAGGCUGGACAAUGCAAGAUGGAACUCCAUGGCCUGGAAACAAUCCUAGGGAUCAUCCUGGGAUGAUCCAGGUUUUUUUGGGGCAUAGUGGUGGCCUGGAUACAGAUGGCAAUGAACUUCCGCGACUGGUAUAUGUUUCUCGUGAGAAGCGUCCAGGAUUCCAACAUCAUAAGAAAGCUGGAGCAAUGAAUGCCUUGAUUCGAGUUUCAGCUGUCCUUACAAAUGGAGCAUAUCUUUUAAACGUUGAUUGUGAUCAUUACUUCAAUAACAGUAAAGCUCUUAAAGAGGCCAUGUGUUUCAUGAUGGAUCCAGCUUAUGGAAAGAAAACCUGCUAUGUACAAUUUCCCCAGAGGUUUGAUGGGAUUGACUUGCACGAUCGAUAUGCUAAUCGCAAUAUUGUGUUCUUUGAUAUUAACUUGAAAGGGCUGGACGGUAUCCAAGGUCCAGUUUAUGUGGGAACCGGAUGUUGUUUUAAUAGGCAAGCUCUGUAUGGGUAUGAUCCGGUCUUAACAGAGGCUGAUUUAGAACCAAAUAUUAUCAUUAAGAGUUGUUGUGGCUCGAGAAAAAAAGAAAGGCAAGCAAACAAGAAGUAUGUUGACAAGAAGAGGGCAGCAAAAAGAACUGAAUCCAAUAUCCCGAUCUUUAAUAUGGAGGAUAUUGAUGAGGGUGUUGAAGGAUAUGAUGAGGAGAAAUCACUUCUUAUGUCUCAAAAGAAUUUGGAAAAAAGAUUUGGUCAAUCUCCAGUUUUCAUUGCAGCUACCUUUAUGGAGCAAGGGGGUAUUCCACCGACAACAAAUCCAGCAAAUUUAUUGAAAGAAGCAAUUCAUGUUAUUAGCUGUGGAUAUGAGGACAAAUCUGAGUGGGGCAAAGAGAUUGGAUGGAUAUAUGGUUCUGUGACGGAAGAUAUUUUGACCGGGUUCAAGAUGCAUGCUCGAGGGUGGAUCUCAGUAUACUGUGUGCCUCCUCGACCAGCUUUCAAGGGUUCUGCUCCCAUUAAUCUUUCUGAUCGUCUUAACCAGGUUCUUAGGUGGGCACUAGGUUCCAUUGAAAUUCUACUGAGCAGGCAUUGCCCCAUAUGGUACGGGUAUAAUGGAAAGUUGAGGCCUUUGGAGCGACUAGCAUACAUUAAUACCAUCAUCUAUCCGAUUACUUCUAUCCCACUUAUUGCUUACUGUAUACUUCCAGCUAUCUGCCUUCUCACUGAUAAAUUCAUCAUUCCUGAGAUAAGCAACUUUGCUAGUAUGUGGUUUAUUCUUCUUUUCUUGUCCAUUGCUGCAACUGGAGUACUUGAACUUAGGUGGAGCGGUGUAACUAUUGAGGACUGGUGGAGAAACGAACAAUUUUGGGUCAUCGGUGGUACCUCUGCUCAUCUUUUUGCCGUCUUCCAAGGGCUUUUGAAAGUGCUUGCAGGAAUUGAUACCAACUUUACCGUUACUUCAAAAGCAUCUGAUGAAGAUGGGGAUUUUGCUGAGCUUUAUAUAUUCAAAUGGACAGCUCUGCUGAUACCUCCAACCACAGUACUUAUAUUCAACCUAGUUGGUAUAGUUGCCGGUGUUUCAUAUGCAGUUAACAGCGGAUAUCAAUCUUGGGGGCCCCUUUUCGGCAAACUGUUCUUUGCCUUUUGGGUCAUUGUCCAUUUAUACCCCUUCCUGAAGGGUUUGUUGGGUCGGCAAAACCGUACGCCUACCAUUGUCAUUGUCUGGUCUAUUCUCCUUGCUUCCAUUUUCUCCCUGCUAUGGGUUCGGAUUGACCCAUUCACGUCUGAUCCCACAAAAGCUUCGACAAGUGGUCAACAAUGUGGCAUUGAUUGCUAAGUCACUUUGUCAAGUUAAACUUCCACCAGUGUAAAUAGGAUCUAAUAUAUUACAUAUGGUUACAAGUCAGAUUGUGCUUUUGCUGCUGCUUUUUUUCAAAGAAAUGUGGACUGCAGACGCAAAUCGACAGUUUGUUAUAAUAUGUGCUCACUUUUAUCUUUAUAUAUCACAGGUGCUAGAUAGUUUUGUUGUUA